CUAGUCAGUGAACGGAGAACCGAGAGCACUAAUCGCUUGAGGUAGCGGAGUGCAUCAAGUGGAUAAACUCUGUCUAAUUUUCAGCUAAUUCCCCUUCAGUGCUGUUCGGACACGGACCAUACACCAUCCCCAAGCGGAUUUUUUUGUUGUCUGUGGGUGACCCGAACUGUUGGACGAAUUAAAAAAAAGAUUAUAAUUUGGCAUCAUAUCUAAGCCGAAACGAAAGUAUUGAAAGUGGUAUCCGAGGUUAGCCAGUUGGCUAACUGGGAAGGUUGCCUAGCUAGCUACUGCUGAGAAAAUACGAAGCAGAGGGAGACCCCAGCGGCAAAAAGGGCCAUCGACGUGAGUUGUAUCCUGAAGAGGAGCGCUCCGUUUUUCUGGACACAUCAAGAGGAGCCGGAGUCCAUUUUGCUGUGUUCUACUCUGAUAAUUUCGGAGCCUCCACUGACAGCCCUAACAGAGAGGGGCCAGGCCGGGAGAGGAGAGGAGAGCAACCCCCAGUGUGGCCUGACCAAGAGACUCAAUGCCAAGCCCUUCUCCUCCUCAGACAGCCUAGUGAAGGUCCAGGAGGUAGCAAGCUGGCUUUUGGAAAUGAACCAGGAUCUGCUGUCGGGGGGCAGCAGGCGGGGCCUGGGGGGCCGGCGAGGGGGCCCGGGGGCCCAGCGAGGUAACGCCUCCUCCUCGGCCCGGACGCCCCAGGGCCAGCAGCCUGGAGAGGAGGCCGACGAGGAGGAGCACAUGAACCGGGUGGUGGAGGACCAAGAACACCAGCAGUCCAGAGUCCAGCCUGCGGCCUCGGCGGGGGGGGAAGGAGUGGAAGAACCGUGGACCUCCAGGCAGAAUGGACCCCAGGGAGACGGGGAGGAGGAGGAUGGAGGAGGAGUACCCAACGAGGUGAACGGAGGAGUGACUAAGGGCGGCAUGUGGAUGUGGGAGGCGGAGCGACGGCAACAGGGGGGGGAUGACGAGGAGGAGGAGGAGGAAGAGGAGAACAACAACAGUGGCAGCCAGCAGGGAGAGGAGGAGGAGGAAAGGACAGAGGGAGGAGCGAGAACGGGGAGGGAGGAGGAGGACGAGGAGGAGAUGGACCAGGACAGUGAUGACUUUGAGCAUUCGGAGGAGAGUGGGAGGGAGGAGGAGGAAGAGGAGGAGGAGGAUGGCCUCCACUCACCCUCCAUCAGGAGUGAUGCGUCUGUCCCCAACAACAACCUGGACCAGUCCUCGGGAUGCCAACACCAAAGCUCACCCAUCAAGAAGAAGAUGAAGAGAAAGUUGGACCAUGGCCCAGAGGUCCGAUCUUUCCCUUCAGGAAAAAAGCCCUGCAAAGGCUCCGAGUAUCCAAGUGCUACAGGGCUGGUCCCCUACCCAGCCACCCCCACCACGUUUGGGCACAUCAGGACAGCUAACGGUCAGGGGCAGCAGAGGCGGCGUAUCACCUCCAUCCCUUCUCCCACAGGUCUCCAGGAAUGGCUCCGGACAUUUCAGAGCUGGAGUGGCCCAGAGAAGCUGAUGGCGCUGGAUGAGUUGAUCGACAGCUGUGAGCCCACGCAUGUCAAACACAUGAUGCAGGUCAUUGAGCCGCAGUUCCAACGUGACUUCAUCUCCCUGCUGCCCAAAGAGUUGGCCCUGUACGUGCUGUCGUUCCUUGAGCCCAAGGACCUGCUGCAGGCUGCUCAGACCUGUCGUUACUGGAGGAUCCUGGCUGAGGACAACCUCCUCUGGAGGGAGAAGUGCCGGGAGGAGGCAGGCAUUGAUGAGCCUCUAGCCUUCAAGAAGAGGAAAGUCACCAAGCCGGGCUUCACCCACAGCCCCUGGAAGUGUGCGUACAUCAGGCAGCAUAGGAUAGACACCAACUGGAGGAGAGGAGACCUCCGUUCACCCAAGGUGCUUAAGGGUCAUGAUGACCAUGUCAUCACCUGCCUCCAGUUCUGUGGUAACCGCAUCGUCAGCGGCUCUGACGACAACUCGCUCAAGGUCUGGUCGGCUGUCACAGGAAAGUGUCUGAGGACGUUGGUGGGCCACACGGGGGGCGUGUGGUCGUCCCAGAUGAGGGACAACAUCAUCAUCAGCGGCUCCACCGACCGGACGCUCAAGGUCUGGAACGCGGAGACGGGCGACUGUAUCCACACCCUGUACGGGCAUACCUCAACGGUGCGCUGUAUGCACCUGCACGAGAAAACGGUGGUGAGUGGUUCUCGCGAUGCCACGCUGCGCGUGUGGAACGUGGAGACGGGCCAGUGUUUACACGUCCUCAUGGGCCACGUGGCGGCGGUGCGCUGCGUCCAGUACGACGGCCGCCGGGUGGUCAGCGGGGCCUACGACUUCAUGGUCAAGGUCUGGGACCCCGAGACUGAGACCUGCCUCCACACGCUGCAGGGCCACACCAACAGAGUCUACUCACUACAGUUUGAUGGGAUCCACGUGGUGAGUGGUAGCCUGGACACGUCUAUCCGGGUGUGGGAUGUGGAGACGGGUAACUGCAUCCACACUCUGACGGGUCACCAGUCCCUCACCAGCGGCAUGGAGCUCAAAGACAACAUCCUGGUAUCGGGCAACGCCGACUCCACCGUCAAGAUCUGGGACAUCAAGACGGGACAGUGCCUGCAGACGUUGCAAGGUCCCCACAAGCACCAGAGCGCCGUGACGUGCCUGCAGUUCAACAAGAACUUUGUCAUCACCAGCUCGGACGACGGCACGGUGAAGCUGUGGGACCUGAAGACGGGCGAGUUCAUCCGUAACCUGGUGACGCUGGAGAGCGGCGGCAGCGGCGGGGUGGUGUGGCGUAUCCGCGCCUCCAACACCAAGCUGGUGUGUGCCGUGGGAAGCCGCAACGGCACCGAGGAGACAAAACUACUGGUGCUAGACUUUGACGUGGACAUGAAGUGAUAGGAGAGGAGGGGAAAUGGUCGAGACGGGGACAAGUGAGGAGAGGGGGAGGAGGGUUAAAGGGAGACGAGGAUGAAAUGGCUCAACAUCGAGGGUGAACGUGCCCUGAACUCUUCACUCCCACACUCAGAAACAGCCCCACCCUACCCUCAACGCUACCACCGCCCCCUCCUUACCUCUCCCCUCCCCCCGUCGGUGGCCAUUUCUGACAAAGCCACAGUCGCCAAACUCACAGGCUGGCACCCGCGCUUGUUACCCCUCCCACCUUAAGGGGGUGGAGUCCGAAUCAGAAGGGGUGGGGUGGAAAUGGGUGUGGCUUGAAACAGGGGUGUGGCUCGCCCGCACCUCUGCGGUAGGCUGGGAGGAAGAGGAAGAAGAGGGGGAGGAACGGACUCAUCCAAUAAAGGAGGAAGAGAAGAAAGACAGGAACUCUUGAAGAAAUAACUCUGCGGCUUUAGAGGCAGCUUCUUCGCAAAACAGAGACUUGUUCACACAAGCCUGACGCAAGCAUUUGUUCAGAUGUAUAAAGAUAUAUCAUUUUUUAUCCCCCACAUAAAGCGCCAACCGACUAUUUAAUAGAAGAACAACACUGUAUACAGUACACAAGGCAAAGACACAGGGAAACAUCAAAUUCUCAUCUGAGGAAAUUAAGUGAAUUGGAAGAAGGUUUUUCUUAGAGCACACAGACACACAAUAUUAGUUAAGUAAGGAGGUUCUUGUCGUCGGGGAGAGAAUGAGAAACGACAUGCCAAGAAUCUGAUUGGUCCCCAAACCAGGUAUGAGCCUAUAACAUCAGGCCCUAUAUCCUGUUCUCUGUUUGUUCCAGUCUUAUAUUGUUCUUUUAGUUCCAGGGUUUGAUUUCUUCAAAAAACACACAGGAGCACACAUACAACUGUGAAUUUGCGUUCCUUUUGUAGCUAUGUUCUUUCAAUCAGUUCAAAGACAAGGAUUUUUGUUUGUUUUUUGGUUGCCUGUUGUUGCCAACAGCAACAAGUCCCAGUAUUAACCUGUUCCACUCACUUCUUUGCUUUUGUUAACUCACCACGUUUUAUUUCUGUUUGGGUUGUUCUUUACAUUCUUCUUUUCUUCUUCAUAGCUGAAGUCUGGAGACGUUAAGUCUCCAGAUUUAGACACGAUGCUGUCCUGUGUUUUUCAACGAGUCUGGCUGGGUUGGUUCCUCAAUGCUGGUUCUUACGUGGGAGGAGGGGAGGUUGGGGUUCUCUUCUCAGAGCGCUUCGUGUGGAAUAGCGUCCUCCCUCCCUCCCAGUACUGUUUUCCCAGUGGGUAAACUGUAUUUAUGCUGCUAGAUAAAACUGAAAUAAAGAUGGAACUUUUACUCGCUGUGACGUUUUAGUCCCAGACUAAAUUCCAAAAUGGACUCUUCUAAUGUUUUAAACAGACGACACACAAAAGAGAGAGAGAGAGAGAGAGAGGGAAACAUGACAAUAACAACCGUGGUUUUGUUGUUUUGUUUCUGCCACUGAACCUUGAGCCAAACAUGCCUCAGCGAGGCUGAGAGGAGAGAGUGUUGGACAAAGACAGGUUUGCCUGCGUAGAGGAAACGAUAGGGUGUAAUGUGUGUGUGUGUGUGUGUGUGUGUGUGUGCGCGUGUAUGUUUUUGGGCAAAUUGUUAACACAUUCCUUGGGACAAAGCGCUUUCAGCCUGUUCUGUGGGGAACUGUCUAGAUGCUGUGUGGACUGGCAAAGAGAAAAAAGAAAAUAGCAGAUUUCUUUUAUUUUUUAUGAGUGAAUGAAAGAAAGAACUGUCCAUCCAUAUGUGAUUUGUUUCCAUUCAAAUGUUUGAAGCAACAUUGAUGAAUGGGUGCAAACUGACAACUACAGUAGAAGGCAGGACAGUCUUAGUGUUAUAAAUAUGACAUAUUACACGUUACAGUCAAACUGUUAAGCGCUAGCUAGCUCGCAUAGCAGUUAGCAGUCUAAUGGUUUGUGAAUGGAAAAAGUACCUACAGGCAACCUGGCUUCAAGUGAACAGAACAGAACAUUGUAGCCAAAACGAUUAGUUAAACUCAAUCUCCCAAGAAAGGAGUCACACACAACUCAAGCAGAACUGUGAAAGUGGUUUAACACUGUAUAUAAAAACCAAUCUUGUUCUUUCUCCUCUCUCGUUUUAUUCUUGAAUCUGUUUUAAUUUAUGAUCUGGUUUGAGAAAUCAGAUGCCGCAGGUGUUUUUAUUUUUUCAGUUCAUUCAUGUAACUGCCUGGCUAAAAGAAAACGGACAGAGAAAAAAAACCUGAAAGGGAUUGUGUAUUUGUUUGAUUCAACUUAGAAUUUUUAUUUUCUUAUAACUUAAGUGCAAUAAAAUGUGUUUUUUUUCCCCCGUUUUUUUUCUUUCAUUUCAAGCAUUUCAGUUGUCUGUUUUUCACUGUGUUAUGUGUUCAAUAAAACCUCUUCGGUUUAUUACAUUA